AUGACAAUACGCAACAUUCAAAGUGGUUUCAGGUCAACAGGAAUUUUUCCCUUCGACCCGGAUGUUGUUCCAGAGACUGCUUUUGCUCCAUCUACCUUGACACAUAAAGACAUUCCUGAAGUGAUGGAUGGUGAACCGGAAAGUUAUAAUAGCUCAGAUGAUGAUCUGCCACUUGGAUAUUUCCUCAAGAAUCAUAAUCCAUCAACAAGAAUGAAAAUAGAGGAAAAAUCGGGUGCUGGUUGUUCUCACUGGACUGAUCAACAAACGUCUGCUAUUACAUCUGAUACGAAUAAAAAAAUUAAUAUUUUAAAUACAACUAUUAUCAAGACUAAAAUGCAGGAUUCCGUAAAUAAAGGAGCAAAAUGUUCAGCACCUGAGAAAAAUUUGAAUUUCUCAGAUAUCCUGAAAACGCCUGAUAUGGGAACAGUGAAAUCAAGACCAAAAAGGAAGGCAUUAAAUUAUAAAGCGCAGCUGUUAAAAAGAGAGAUAUUUACCGAACACUCAUAUCAAGCAAACUCAACGAAGUCGUCAAAAAGUCAAUCAAAGCCGAAAGGAAAUUGGCUAUGUGGGUUGGGCGGUCACUCCUGCGGCGACGACUGCGUCGAUCUCACUCCUGCAGAUCUUCCCGUUGCAGGAGCGACGGCAGGAGCGGCUCCCCCAGCAGGAGCCGCCGAAAACAACGAGACGCGGGUGCGAGAUGAGGUCUGCGACAUGCUGUGCCUCAACGGCCUUGGCAAGCCGCUCUGCAAAUGUCCCGGAGGCAAUUGGAGAGAUGACCAGCACAGGCCAAACUUCAUACAGAGUGCUUGGUCGUAUGUUACGUGCUAA